CUCACCGCGUUUCUUGCGUGUGACGUAGUCCGCUGCGCUGGGAGCGGAAGUGAGGUCAUCAGCGGAGGCGGAAGCAGUGACGGUUUGGGUGUGAGGGGGACGAGAUGAACUCCAGAGGAGUUGGAUCUCAGCUUAAGGAUAGCAUCCCAAUUGCCGAAUUUUCAGCUAGUGGAGCAUUUGGAGGUCAUGAUAUUCUACGCAGAGGCUUUACAAGUGUAAAAAAUGAACUUUUGCCCAGCCAUCCUUUGGAACUGUCAGAAAAAAAUUUUCAGCUAAACCAAGAUAAAAUGAACUUAUCGACUCUGAGAAAUAUUCAAGGACUCCAUGCCCGCUAAAAACUGCAAAUGGAAUUCAAAGCCGCAAAGCAGAUCCAACGUCUUCCAUUUCUGCAUAGCUCAAAUAUAGCGCUGGAUACACUGAGAGGAAAUGAUGAAUGCAUUGGUUUUGAGGAUAUUCUUAAUGACCCAUCGCAGAGUGAAGUUAUGGGAGAGCCACACGUGAUGGUGGAAUACAAGCUUGGUUUAUUGUAACACAAAUGUAGUCCGAACCUAUUGUUCAUGAAAACAUUUCUUGUAUGUGUCUUUAUACUAUACUACAGGUUCAGUGUACAAUAUUAAUAUUACAUUGACACAAUAUUUUUGUUAACUUACCCACAGGAGAGCUCUUGCCUUACUUGCUGAAUAGGCACAUUAAUGUUUAAAGUCUGUAUGAUUUAUUUUCUGCUUAUUGUCAAUAUAAAUGUCCUACAACUGGGUAUUUUAAAACUGUACAAGAAGACGACUCUUCGUAUAUUGCUCAGGACAAUAGCCGCUUAGAUUUUGAAAUAUUAUACAUAUUCUACAAGAAGUCCAAAAAUGCAUGUGCAUUUUAAAAUUGAUUACUGUAGGUAAAUGCAGGGAAUGCGUGUUCUUGCAAAAGAACUUUUUGAAUAUAAAACAGGCAUUUUCCACUGAAUGACUUUUUGUUCUUGAAAUCUUUUAAACAUUGAAUAAAAAAUUGCUAUAAAUGCUGUGGUUUCCAAAAUAUAUUUAAUAACUCAAGUCUCUGACCUCCAACCCAAGCAAUGUUACCCUCAUCACUUGCAGCCCCUUUAAGGAACCUCAGUAGCUCACUGGUAGAAAAGAACCCUGCCACACAAUUUGUCUAUCCCAGCUAAGAUGUCAGAGAUGCUCAUUCACUGGAGCUCAGUUGCCCGUUGGGAUAGAAUUAGACACUGCUCCCUAGGAAGAGUUGGGAGCUGAAUUUGCCUUUACCCAGCUACUUUUGAGGGGGGAACCUCUCCUUUGGAUUUCACAAUAGUCUCACUGGGCACUAUUGCUCUGUGAAAUUAGAGCUCCUGUAGCCCUAUUUUGGGCUGACUAUGUUCCAGCCUACAGGAAACUUAAAAUAACCACUUAGCAACAUUUAACAAUUAAGGGAAAAAUACCACUGUGGAGAAAGAAAAUGUAAAGUUCAAAAUGUUUGUAUGAAACAAAGGCACAUCUGACAGACUGCAUCGCAGAAGUGUUACAGUAAGAACAUGAAUUUUUAUUUUACAUAAUGGCAGAACAUAAAAUUAAAACUGAACUGACUUGGUUGUAAGUAAACAAUCUUAUCUGAGGAUAACCAAAGGGAGAUUCUAAAAUUAAAUGCUACACAAAUGCGUCUUUUAUAAAUGAAUAGCCAGAUAAAAGCUGUUUUCUGUAAGUUUAAAGAGUGUAUUUUUAUUUAAAUUACACAGGCUGUGUUUUAAUUAACUUUGAAUAGCUUGUAUGCAUAACGUAUUAUAAAUCCUUGCAAGAAGUUUAGGACAUUUCUCCUGUUAAUUCUCUUCCCAUACAAUGGUCAAAGUGUGUAAUGUACAUUUUGAGAAUGUAACCAGCCUAAAUGUUACAGAUUGCUGCAUCUUUUAGAAGCAGGGUCCUAUUGCAAGAAUUAUGCUCCAGUAUCUGAACUGUCAUCUUAAAAAAACAAAAAAAACAUCCAUUUCAAGACCCAAUAAUUGCAAAGAAAACCUUCCAAAAAUAAGCUUAAUGCAAUUAAGUCUCCCCAAGUCUGUAAAUGGCCUGACACAGUAAUUCUGAGAUAUGAGAACUGCAUCCAUUCAGCAGAUUUGGAUGUUAACUCAAACAUAAUGUUGAGAACUUAAAUGUCAGCUUUGUUCUCUACUCUAGCACUGCUGAAUACUUCCGCAGAAACGUGCAGGUACAAGUUUAUUUCACAACCCCAAAGUGUCUCCUAUGCCUGUCCAUGUGCCAAAAGCCCCAACUGUUCCCUACUCCUGUGGGCCAAAACAACCAGCUUUGCUUUCUGCCAGUUCUACAAUGCAGUUAUGCAUUUUUAAUAAAAAAUCUUGCAGCAAAUUGAAGAAUGUGGAGGCAGCAUGUUACACUCCAGAAGGGAUACUUUCCUGACUGCAUUGUUUAUUUUCAUAUUUAACUUAGUAAAAAGAAAAAAACCCUCCAAUUUCUAAAUUACCUAAGGUGGUUGUGGAAUUUCCAGUUUGCUUCAAUGAAGAUCUUCAGAAGUCAGGCAGUCUUGUUAUAAAAGCAAAUUUACGUCAAGUUUGCUGUAGAGUAGGGCCUUGCAUGUACAUUAGUUUCACUUAAGUGAGGUUAAAUUGGACAAAUGAGUGAACAAAAAUAGGCCUGUUCAUUUUUUUUUCUUGCUCUUUAGGGUGGUUUUCUGGUGUUCACUGUGGGCAGCCGUAAUUAGGAUAGUUGCAGCAAAUAUCUGGGCCAGCUAUUAAGUGACUAGAUUUCAUGGUGAGGCCUUGGCAUAGAGAGAAGAGUAAAAGAAAAUAAAUGGAGGAGUGAGGCCAGUGGUGUGGGAGCAGUGAAAGGGUAGAGGGCACAGGUUAAGCAUAUAGAUUCAAGGUAUAGGUUGAGGUGGAUAGCCUUGAAGGUAAGGACAAAAAGUGUAAACUUGUGACUUUGGGUAAGGGGGAACCAGGGAAGGGUUUUGAAGAGAGGAACAUCAUAAUUUUAGCAGCUGUGUCUUGGACAGGGUAGAGGGAGAGUCAAGUUGGUAAGAGAGGUCAGAGGAAGAGUUUAAUGUGGAAGGCGACCAGAUAGGGACUAAAGGUUUUGGCCCCGGUGACAGGAUUUGAUUUUUCAAUACAGUCUAGAGAAAGAAGUGACAAAGCUAGGAGAGAGGCAUCAAAACUGACACCAGUGUUGUGGGCUAAAGAGCUAGAAUGUUUGGCUGGCUCAACUACUUCCCUCUUUAUAUUUUAUCUUACAAUCAAAUCACAUUUGCUAGAGUAAGCUUUCUGCCUGGCAGACAAGCUAAACUAGUUCUGUAUCCUCUAAGAUUGGCUAGCCUUUCACAGUUCCUUAAAUGGACAAUAAAAAUGUUAUUCCAAAAUGUUGUUUUGCUUAGAUAAGGGUGUUUGCAUAUGUGAUCUCCAGUCAUUUAACUUGUGUCGAGUACAUACUAUUUUGUAUCACUAGCUGCAAAAGAAUUUAAAUGAUAUGUUGGUGGCCUGAGCUGCUUCUAAAUAUUACUCCAGCAAUUGUAUUGCUUCGUGCAUGCUUGUGUCAAAAGAACAAGAUCCAAACCUUUAGAAGACUAGACAGAUAUCUGCUUUAUUAUCUUACAGCAAAAAGGUGCUUGCAUUUAUACAAAAAUAUUUCACUUGUCAAAUCACUCAAUUGCUACAAAAUUUAAGGUUUUAUUAAUGUAUAGUACAGUAGUGCCUGGAGGCUUAGCCUGUCUCGUGUCUCAUGCUAUAUACUGAAUAAAUAUAUGAGAAAUGAU